AUGAGCAGGCAGCUGGGCUCCAACUCCUCCUUCACUUGGCCUCCGGUGCCAAAUUACAGUGGGGGGCAGGAGGGCCUCCAGCCGGAUGGCAAUGUCUCCUACGUGGACUUCUACCUUCACCAGCCCUCCGUGGUAGCUGUCUUCAUCAUCUCCUACCUCCUCAUCUUCCUCCUCUGCAUGCUUGGCAACGGAGGGGUUUGCUUCACCGGCCUCAGGAGCCGGCACAUGCGCACCGUCACCAACCUCUUCAUCCUCAACCUGGCCGUCAGUGACCUGCUGGUGGGCAUCUUCUGGGGCAUCUUUCCCCCCCUCCUGGACAACAUCAUUGCAGGAUGGCCAUUUGGGAGCCUGGUUUGCAAGCUGAGUGGGAUGGUCCAAGGAAUCUCAGUUUCUGCCUCAGUCUUCACUCUGGUUGCUAUUGCUGUAGACAGGUUCCGCUGCGUCGUGCGCCCCUUGCGGCAGAAGCUGAGCACCGCCGCCGUGGCUGUCAUCGCCCUCAUCUGGCUCCUGGCCGUGGCCAUCAUGUGUCCUUCUGCUGUCAUGCUGCAGAUCCAAGAGGAGAAGCACUUCAGGGUGAUCCUGGGCCGGGGCAAUGCCACCCGCCGUGUCUACUGGUGCCGGGAGGACUGGCCCCGGCCGGGCAUGAGGAGGAUCUACACCACCGUGCUGUUCACCAACAUCUACCUGGCUCCCCUCUCCCUCAUCGUCCUGAUGUAUGCCAGGAUCAGCAUGGCCCUCUCCAGCCCAGCUCUGCCUGUGCUGGGCAAGCCUGGCCAGCAGCAGCAGCAGCAGCAGGGGCUGGUGGGCAGCAGGAAGAAGCAGAAGGUCAUCAAGAUGCUGAUCGUGGUGGCUGUGCUUUUCACCCUCUCCUGGCUGCCUCUCUGGACUCUGAUGAUGCUCUCAGACUAUGCCAAGCUCUCAGAUCUCCAGCUGCAGGUCAUCAACAUUUACAUCUACCCCCUGGCUCACUGGUUGGCCUUCUUCAACAGCAGCAUCAACCCCAUCAUCUACGGCUUCUUCAACCACAACUUCCACCAGGAGGGCUGCUGGCAGCCAGGCCCGGGCAAAGCUGUCCUGCCAGCUGCCAACUGCCAGGCAGCAGGGCAGCAGACCUGCCACAGCGCUGAGGGGGAGAGGAAGAGAGUUAGGAAAGGCAACUGGGUGAACAACCAGCAGGAGCUGGUGAUGGAGGAUCUCGAAGAGCCCUGCACCGAGGGGAUCAAGUGA